GAAUGUGUCAAAUGAAGAAAUACUUUGAAGAUAAAGCCCAGACUCAUUAAUGUAGUACAUGUUUAGUAAGCUGUUUUAAGAGAAAAUGUCAAGAUGUCUAUUUCCUCAUUGCAGAUGUUAUCCAUUCUGACGUGCAAUCUGCAACAUCACAAGUAUUCAAAGCGCGGGAUUUAGUACAACAACAACACCGUGUUAAAAUUGACAAACGCUUCUUGGCUAUCGGAAAAAAUGUUGUCGUUGCCACACUCUCAUAAAACUGUCAUUGUGUUGGACAGAAGUCCUUACUUCGCACAGUCUUGCAAGGAGAGCGUAGAUUAUGAUGUGCAGCCGAAAACGAAGUCCCAAGGGUUCAUUCCAGCGGCGCCUAUUUCAAAGACGCUGUGGACAGCAAAUGUAGAAGCCAUGCUGGAAUACAUACGUAUCGUAUAUGAUAUAUUCCCAGGAAAAAAACUAUUUCAAGUGAUAACAAGCGACUCCAACUCACAAAGGCUAAACACAUGGUUGUUGAGGGAACAAAGUAUACAUCAGAUAAUGCUUGGUCUGGCCCACAUUGGACCCCCGAGUCUGAAUGACAGUGGUGAUGACUGCAGUGUUAUGCAUGGCCUUUCCCAAGCUAUAGAGGUUCUGUGUGAACCGAGUGAGGGUCAACAUGAAGCUAGAACUAAUCUCAUGGAAGAUGCUAGGAAUGUCCGAAACUGGGGCAGGAUCAUCUGUGUCACAGCUGUUAAGAGUGAAGCGACAGUUCGAAUGCUGGAAGAAUGUUGUCAUGAUGCCAUAAUACAACACAACAACUUGGCUGCUGGCACAGACACUUUGUUGCCAAUAGACCAUUGUGAGCUGAUACUUAUACAUGUUAUGCCAGUAGGUGAAGAAACCAAGAUGGCAAGCAAAGGGAAAAAAGAGGUGUCCAGUUUUCUGACAAGUGAGGUACAUACAACACAAUCAGGACGGUCAUUAUAUGUGAAGAUGAUGCAGUUAGCACAGAAACAUUAUCAGCUGUCUUCCACCACAGUUACUGGAAUACCUAUGAAGGAGGAGCAAAAUGCAAGUUCGUCUGCUAAUUAUGAUGUUGAAUUGCUGCAUCCAGCUGAUGUCCAUGUAGAACUUCUCAAAACAGCCCACCUUGAUGGCCUUGUUAUCAACUCUAAAGAAGGUUUGAACAUAGAGACAGUGACUUUGAAAUGGUGUACCCCCAAAUCCAAUGUCGCUGAGUUACAUCACUGCACUAGUGUGUUCCGAAUCACGCCUGUGGAUGUCAAUAGUCGCCCUUCAUCGUGUCUGACUAAUUUUCUCUUAGGGGGGAGAUCCGUGAUGUUGGAGCAGCCAAGGAAAACUGGAACAAAGGUCAUCUCGCACAUGCUCGCAAGUCAUGGCGGGGAAAUCUUCAUUCAUGCCAUUAACACCUGUCGAUCAAUCUUGGAAGACCCUCCCUCCAUCAGUGAAGGAUGUGGGGGACGCGUGACAGAUUACAGGAUUACUGAUUUUGGUGAAUUUAUGAAAGAGAAUCGCCUGGCCCCAGUACCAGCUCAGACUAUCUUAGAAUCUGCCGAGUUACCCAUUGAGAGAGCCUUGAAUCAGUUGGAGAGGAAAACCCGCCAUUGGCCGAUUGUCAUAGGGGAAACAAUCAUCUUCAACAUGCCAAAUCACUUGGAGCCCUUGCCAACAUUGAUGGUCAAGGAGACUCUGGAUGACGAGGAGGUUCUGGAGUGUAAGAAGGUGAUAUAUCACAUUGUGGGGAUGGAGAGCAAGAACGAGGCCCUACCUGUCCCAUCCACAGGCUCCCGGGGAAAGGGGCUCAAGCGAGAAGAACAGUACAGACAGAUGUGGUCUGAGCUGGAAAUGUUGGUACGUGUGUACUCUACCACAUCGGAUCAGCACAACAAAGUCCUUGAUUGUUUGUUGGAAUUGAAGAAACCUUCCCCGGAGGAUUUCAAGCCAACAACAAGUGCCCCUCCCAAAAAAGCACCUGAAAAAGCAUUUGUCAAGGAGGAAAAAAUGGAUACAUCAAAUGUUGAAAAGGGACUGAAAGAAUUGGACAGAUUUCAGAUGAUGACAGAGCGAGAGAAGCAGGACUUUUUGUCCCCUGAGCGCCUAACCCCAGAAUCUCCGCCAGCCAAACGGUUCAGACCAUCACUGGAAAGCUCCAUCACAAGAACGGGAGGUCCCCAAAAUCUUUUGUCGAUGUGGACCAACAGAUUGAGUGCCAUCAGCUCAAAGAGGCACUCAGAGUUUUCAGGGAGACUGGAAAGCAGUGGGAAUGUAGCUGAGUUGUACCAACACCUGAAUGAAAACAAGGGUGAGGGUGAAACAGAACUUUCCACUUCAAAUACCAAUGGGAAAAGGUGAAGACAGUCAAGAGAAUGGAGAAAUUUCAUACCUGUGUAUUGGCUGCAGUGUGUGGAAGAAACAUAAAGCCAUACCUGGACAGGGGUUUUGCUGUCUUUCACAGAUUGUAACUGUGUAUCACAGGACAUUUUAAUAACCGUCUCCCAGAAGGAUUCCAUGGAUUUCAUUUUUGACAUUUCAUAGCUUUUAAUGAAGUGUUGUCAUAUAAAGUGCAAAUGGCUUUACAAGUAUGUGCAGGUCUGUUUUAUUUCAGAUGUAAGACCUUUGAGUUAAUGUUGGCCUCUGCACAGAACAAGAGAUGCAUUUAAUGAGCCUUUUGAGGGAAUGGCCUCUGCACAGAACCAGAGGUGCAUGUAAUAAGCCUUUUGAGGAAUGUUGGCCUCAGCACAGAACCAGAGGUGCAUGUAAUAUGCCUUUUGAGGAAAGGUUAGCCUCAGCACAGAACCAGAGGUGCAUGUAAUAAGCCUUUGAGGGAAUGUUGGCCUCAGCACAGAACCAGAGGUGCAUGUAAUAAGCCUUUUGAGGAAAGGUUGGCCUCAGCACAGAACCAGAGGUGCAUGUAAUAAGCCUUUUGAGGAAAAGUUGCCCUCAGCACAGAACCAGAGGUGCAUGUAAUAAGCCUUUUGAGGAAAGGUUGGCCUCAGCACAGAACCAGAGGUGUAUGUAAUAAGCCUUUUGAGGAAAAGUUGCCCUCAGCACAGAACCAGAGGUGCAUGUAAUUUGCCAUUUGAGGGAAUGUUGGCCUCGGCACAGAACCAGAGGUACAUGUGAUAAGCCUUUGGAGGGAAUGUUGGCCUCAGUACAGAACACAUUUGCAUAGUUCGAUAAAGACUUAUCUGCCCAAUGUGAUAGAACUCCUCCAUAUCUGAUUUUCCAAUGAACCAGUCUGUCUGAUUUUAGUUUAAGUAAAAAAAAUGAAAACAUGAAUGCAGACAUGUCAGAUAAACUUUUACUUGUCACAAAAGGAUUGUGAAGCCAUAACCAUUUUCCUUUAGCCAGAUCAUUUCAUCAUUUUGCUAGACAUGUGAUGCACACUUUUUUUUCCUUUCGUGUAAUCAAUUGUUUAAAAGCACAAUUACUUAUAAAGGUUUCUAAAACUUAAUACUUAAAUAUAAGUUUGUUGUUUAAUAUUGUUUGAGUUAUAUAAUUUUAAAGUUACAGCUUGCAUGUAAGCAGAAAUAAACUGCAACGUCCAGAAUUUGUACCAAGUGCUAUGGCUUCUCUUCCUUUCUUGGUUUGAAUGUCACAAUGUUACUCCAGUUCUGGCUCAUUCAUUUUGUGGUCAACAUCACAGCUAGAUUCAUCAGUAAUUAAGGGACCACAACCUUCUUACAACUAAGAGACAAACACUGAAUGUUGAAACCACACUAUAAAGCACAAAUACCAAGGUUUAUUUAGGUACAAGAAGCUUUUGAUUUUUUUGAACAGGUGUACAAAACAAUAAAGGAACAAAGAACAAUAGGCACAGUGGAAUAUUUUAACCUUACAAUUUAUUAUAAACGUAGUUUGCAGGAGUUACCUCCCUUGAUAAGAUGACGAUUUAUCCCAGAACAUACGAGUAUGAUGUACAGGAAAAUAUACAAUUACAAACAACAACGAAUAUGUUAACAAGAUAUUCAAUGAGAACAAUUCUGCAGACAAACUCUACCAAUUCUUUUAAAUGAAAAACAUCUUUUUGUAUGGAUGUUGCCCUCAAGUAUCUGUGCGAGGUUUGCUUGAUUGUUACCGGUCUUCCUAGUUAGUAUUGUACACAAUAUCCUAUUCCUGAUGUCUGAAGGACACUAUAUAAACCAAUAACAAUAAACCUUUGUAUAUGAAAAAACUUGUUUGUUACUGGGAAAUUUUUCCUGUCUGAAGUAAUUUGGGCCAAUGCUGUGUAGUCUUUGUUCAAUUGUCUUUGUGACGACGUAUUCCUCCGGAGAGGCCAAGAGAACAUUGCUUAAUUUGCUUUGACCCAAGUCACAGAAACAGAAACAGGUGCUCGAUUUAUCCCUCCUUUUAACUUUUUUUCUCUAUUGAGCUUGCAAAAUAUUUUAAUAUUUCUUAAUAAAUUUACAAAUGCAAGUAUCUACGUGCGUGUUGUCUGAAGUACAAUUGCCUUAGUUCAUAAAGCAGUUUAGUGUGUCAGGGCUGAAGUCUUGUACACAUUCACAGGAAUUUUGGUAAAUAAGAGAGGUGUAAGUGUUCAGAUAAAAAAAUCAUUAACAGUUCCUUAUUUCUGACCCAAAAUAUUAGUGUCAUGGAAUCUAUUUUUUUUUUGUUUCUCUGUAUUUCUGGUAGUGUUUGUAUCUGAAUAGCUGAACAUCUGAAAGGAGUAAUUGAUUCUAUCACAUUCUGCACUUCCAAAAAACACUGGUAUAGGUGAUGUGCUUGGCUAAUGUACAAUACCUUGCAGUUUAAAAUAAAUAUGGAUGCUUUCCAUAGUUGCUGCAGAUUUUUUUCUGAAAUGAGUUUGUAGGACAGCCAUGACAAUGAACAAAAGCAAAAGUUGUUUACAGAGUGUACAUUUUGAGGCCAUCAUACUUUCUGAACAGGCAUUAGUAUUAGAAUUUUGCCAUUUCUUAAUUUUUUAGACAUCCAAACACUUGAAUCCAACCAUGCCUAUUCAUAAUGUGUAUGUGAAAGAAGUUAAUGGAAUCGUAAAAAAGGACAAAAGUAAUACAUCUACUCUACAUAAUUGAAAUAUGCGAAGACAUUUUUCAAUGUUUUAUGGAGAAAUUGAUUAUGGAACAGAAAUUUUGUCAUGCAUAUGUACAUGUGCUAAAUACAGGUGAAGAGAUGAUCUGAGGUUGCUCUCAAAAAGGCUGACAGCCCAUGGUACGAAAUCGGUAACAUAAAUAUAUCGAUGGAGUAGUAAUAAUAAUAAUACAAAUACAUAACAAAAUAAUCAAAUGAAGAGAAAAAUACAUUUGCAUAUUUAGCCGACAAAAGCUCAUUAAAAAAACCAACCUGCUGAACGAGACAACUACUCGAAAUGCUUCUAUAUAUGUAACACAAGUUCAUGGGUACUACAAUAACAAUUACCUCUGACA